AUGGCGGGCCACGAGCAACUUUCGAGUGAGUCACGUAUUAAUGUUAAAAAUAGUCUCGAUUUAAGAUCGAAUGGACGAGGUCUGUGUUGCCUUGCAAGGAUGUGUCGACGUGGGCGGCUUUUGUUUCGACGAGAUUUCCGAACAUUUGGAAGCGAUCGUCGAGACAGGAGUCACUGUGAGAAACUUCGAAACUGAAGCGAGUGAACUAGCUAAUUGCAUUCUGGAGGCGUUCAAACUUGUUCUCGAAGAUGUGAGUCUACUUUUUAUUAUUAUUAUAGAUCUUAUAGUUUCAUAUGGUUUCGCAGGUGCAAAACUACAUGGCGUACCAAUGCGAAGACCUCAAAGAGUUCAAUAACUAUGCGAACUUUGCGCACAUCGCAAUGAGUCUCCUCAACCCGCUGGUUGCCAGUUUGUCGACUCCAGGACAAACGGAUGCCAACUUCGAAUUGGCAAGCGAAAGAACACCUCCAGUGGACUGUGGCCUUGUAAAACAUUAAAAAGUUCGAAACAAUACAAUUUUCUCUCAGAAACUGGUGGAUUUACUCGAAAAAGAUCCGGACAAUCCGCUGAAAGUUGCUCUAAAGAACGAUCCGGAGAGAUCAUCGCAUUUUAUCAAGUGGGACAGUGUUGUCGACAGUGUACUCGCUCAAUUUGUAUGCAUAACACAUUAUAUGCUCAAGUAAUGUGUAACAUUUCAGCUGUUCAUCGAAGCCUUUGCCAACGGCUAUCUCCACAAUGGAAAUAUGGACGGAGCGGUGAAGUUGAAGAAGAGGAUUGAGGAAUUCAAAAGACAAGUGAAGAAGUGGACGGGAGAAGUGAGUUAAAACUGUCAAAGUUAAAUUGAAUAGGAAAAAGUUAUUUACAGUUCACCUGGCCUGAAGACAUCAAGGAAAUAGUCGAUGGCAUUCAAAACAGCAAACAAGCAUGCGUUGACAAGGCUGAAUCGAUUCAGAAGGCGAUAGAACAGCUCAAAACCGACGACCUCUUCUACAUCGUCGUCUUUCCGACUUCUGACGGAUACGUCUAUCAUUCGAAGCUUCCCGAUCAACUUUUCGUGUCUCUGAAUCGCGGAAACUGUAAUGUGUUCGUUUAUCGGAGUCUCGAAGCGAAAAGUGCGGACAAGAACGAGCUAAAAAAGAUGGAGACCCAACUGAACGGAUACAAGAAACUUCUGCGACUGCUGACCCUCAAACUGUUUGUAACGCAGGCACAAGUGGACAAAUGGGCAAAGGAAGAGAUUGAUAAUAAUGGAUUUGUGAUUGCGAUCAAAGCAUCGCGAGAUGCGACCGUUCUAUCCACAAACACUGAUGUUCUCAAGUGGGGACCGGGUUGGUGGAUCCACGACACUGUCAUUCUUCUUCUUCUUCAACAGAAGUACAUCAUUCUCUGCGGAUAUAAAUAA